CUCUUUUCUCAUCAUAUUUGGUGCUUUUGUAGGUCAUAUGUGUAUCUGUGGAGAAAGAACAGACACCCACUAUCUCCUUCUUGUUCUUCAUCAUUAAACCACCCAAAUUCCCACACAUACGGAACCAAUCCAACAAAAGCAAAAGAUCACUUUGGAUCCAUGAUGCUUGCAGAGGAGAAAUCCCAACAAGCAUACCCGACACUUGCUGAGGUAAUGGAGGAGCUAAAGAGAGUGGGAGAGAUAGGGCUCCCAAUAGCAGCGAUGUGCCUAGUGAGCUACCUCAAGAACAUGAUCCUCGUCGUGUGCAUGGGCAAGUUGGGAAGCCUUGAGCUAGCCGCCGGUUCUUUAGCCAUUGGCUUCACUAACAUCACCGGUUACUCCGUCCUCUCCGGUCUCGCCGCCGGCAUGGAGCCUCUCUGCGCCCAAGCCUUCGGUUCCAGAAACUUCUCCUUACUCUCUCUCACGCUUCACAGAACCAUCCUCAUCCUCUUACUAGCUUCCCUCCCGAUUUCUCUCCUAUGGAUCAAGCUCGAACCUUUGAUGCUCUGUCUCCACCAAAACCCAGACAUAACCUCAGUCGCUAGUCUCUAUUGUCGCUAUGCCCUCCCAGACCUCAUCGCAAAUAGCUUCCUUCAUCCUCUUCGUAUCUAUUUACGUAGUAAAGGCACCACUUGGCCACUAUUAUGGUGCACUUCACUAGCCACUCUUCUUCACAUCCCAAUAGUCAUCUUCUUCACCUUCAAGCUCCAACUUGGAGUACCAGGAAUCGCGAUCUCAUCUUUCGUCGCCAAUUUCAACACCCUCUUCUUCCUUCUCCUCUACAUGUACUUCUAUCCACGCGUCACCACCAGCAAAGACCCUUUGACUCUGUCCACGCCUCUUGUGAUGACGAACCGCCGCCGGUCGUUGGGGAGCGAAUGGGGCAUGCUUAUAAGGUUUUCAAUACAAAGCUGCGUCGGAGUUUGUCUGGAGUGGUGGUGGUACGAGCUCAUGACAAUCCUCGCCGGAUACUUGAAAAACCCUCGCGUGGCUCUUGCCACAUCGGGAAUAAUAAUCCAAACCACAUCGCUCAUGUACACGCUCCCGAACGCUCUGAGCGCGUCAUCGUCAACGAGAGUCGGGAACGAGCUCGGAGCUGGGUCGCCGAAAAAGGCGAGACUGUCAAGUACGGUGGCGUUAGGGUUGGCAGUGGUUAGCUCGAUGGUGGGGCUGGUGGGGACCACGGUGGGGAAAGAGAAAUGGGGUAGGGUUUUCAGCAGUGACAGAGAAGUGUUGGAGUUAACAAUGGCUGUGUUGCCCAUUAUUGGAGUGUGUGAGAUAGGGAAUUGUCCUCAGACAACAGGAUGUGGGAUAUUGAGAGGGAGUGCGAGAACCGGGAUAGGGGCAGGGAUAAACCUGUACGCGUUUUACUUGGUCGGAGCACCGGUGGGGAUAGCUUUGGGGUUUAUUUGGGAGCUAGGUUUGGUGGGUCUGUGUUAUGGCUUGCUUGCGGCUCAGAUCGCUUGUGUGGUGUCUAUUCUGCUUGUGGUGUACUACACUGAUUGGGAAAGGGAAUCCUUGAGGGCCAAAAGUUUGGUGGGAGAGAAUUAUUAUCAUGCAGAUCACGAUGAUGAAGAUGAGCAGCGAACAGUAGUGAAAUGUGAAGAAAGUGUCGUUGUGACUGUGAUCCAAGAGAACCACACCAACAAGCUCUGAUCAGUAACACUGACAAGAACCAAUUAAUGAUUGAUCUUCAUCUGCGGUUUUAUAUAGUAGUUAUAUUCGUACAGAAAGAACACAGAUUAAUUAAAGAUGUGAAUCUAUUAUGUAAGAAUUAUAUAUAUAUACAGUUACUACUUCAUUUGUAGUUUGUAGAGGAUCGGAUGGAUAUCACAUGCUUGGGCUCAGAAGCUGUGUCAGAAGAAAUAGAGAUUAGAGCUAGUUGGUUUCUACGUACCAAUUUUUUUUUUUUUUUGGA